AAGCAAAAUAAGGCGGAACUAGCGAGCGCAGACUAGCUGACGGAGAACACAAUGGAUUAAUUUAUCUCGUUUAGAAUUCCUCUUGUUUCCUGGACGCGGUUGGUGUUGGUGGUGAGGGAUGCCGAGCGGUGUGGAAUACGGUGAGCUGGGGGAGAGUCUGCCCGCCAUCUCCUCCCUCAACGCCUCGUACUCACAGAACUCGCUGUCCGUCCCCUCGGGUCAUUACCUGCCGCUGCCCCCCACCGAGAGGAAGAACAUCUCAGACGUACGCAGAACCUUCUGCCUCUUCGUGACCUUUGACCUCCUGUUCGUCUCCCUGCUCUGGAUAAUCGAGCUGAACAUUAAUAAAAGUAUCUGGUUGAACCUGCAGAAGGAGGUCACCCGCUACAGCUUCAGCGAUUCAUUUUUUGAUAUUUUUCUCUUGGCUUUUUUCAGGUUUCUGUGUUUGCAGAUCGCUUACGCUGCUUUCAGACUGAGACACUGGUGGGUCAUCGCGAUCACCACCCUGGUAACCAGCGCCUUCCUCAUCACCAAAGUCAUCAUGUCAGACUUACUGACGGAGAACGCGUUCGGUUACGUCCUCCCCAUCAUCUCCUUCGUCAUCGCCUGGUUGGAGACCUGGUUCCUCGACUUCAAAGUUCUCACUCAGGAGGCGGAGGAUGAACGAGUGUAUUUAGCGGCGGUGAACGCGGCGUGCGAGAGCGCUCGACUGAUUUAUCCCAGAGCUUUAUCGGACGGUCAGUUUUAUUCACCGCCGGAGUCACUCGCAGGUUCUGAUGAGGAUCCAGAUGAAGAAGGUCUGGGCAGGAAAGCCGUGACAGCUCAGGAGAAGGAGCUGGUGCGACAGGGGCAAGAGGCGAUGGGCGUGGUGGAGCAGAUCAUCACCCAGGAGGAGAACUGGAAAUUUGAGAAGAAUAACGAUAUCGGUGACUGUGUUUACACAUUAGACGUUCCUUUUUGUGGAAAAGUCUUCAUCCUGAAGGCGUUACUCCAGUGCUCUCCUGAGCUGGUGUAUCAGGAGGUGAUUCUGCAGCCGGAGAAGAUGGUCCAGUGGAACAAAACCGUCUCACAGUGUCAGAUCCUACAGAGGGUGGAUGAUAACACCAUGGUAUCGUACGACGUGUCCUCAGGAGCGGCCGGCGGAGUCGUAUCAGCCAGGGAUUUCGUGAACGUUCGGAGAGUGGAGCGCAGGCGGGACCGCUACAUUUCGGCUGGCAUGGCCACGCUGCACAGUGCCAAACCCCCUCACCCACGAUACGUCAGAGGAGAGAACGGUCCCGGUGGGUUCGUGGUCCUCAAGUCCUCCACCAACCCCUCCAUCUGCACCUUCAUCUGGGUUCUCAACACCGACCUGAAGGGCCGCCUGCCGCGUUACCUGAUCCAGCAGUCUCUGGCGGCCACCAUGUUCGAGUUCAUGUCGCACCUACGUCAGCGCAUCGCUUCGUUCCGCUGAUCCACCCGAGCGCCGGCGGUUCUUCACUCUGAAGCUCUGCUGCCCCCCUCAGGCCGGGAGGAGGUAUUACACACCGACACUGACGGACUGUGGAGGAACAAAACUGUGAACUCUGGAGCUGUGACGGACACGACGUUCUGAUUUCUCCUCUCCUCUCACCUCACACGUCUUUUAUUUUAUUAUUAUUAUUAUUAUUAUUAUUAUUAUUAUUAUUGAUCAUGAUUCUGAGGUGGAUGUUCUGUAGCGAGGCUCCUCACUCGCUCUGUUCUUUAUUCCUCUUUGUUUGGAUCGUUUUCUUUAUUUUAUUUGCCUUAUUAAGAACGUUUCGACAUUCCCCAGCGGAGCCACGUGUUCAUCUCCUCACCCCAUCCAGAUGUUUAGGGUAAUCCUGUCGUUUUCUUGCUCCUUGAGGGUCGUCUGGAUGUCAGACUGUCCGGUUUAAUAGGAAUAGAUUAUGCAAGGAUGAAAGGACCCGUACUGUUCUAUACUGUCCCAAUACCUCUGAUAUAGGGGUGUAAGGAUUGAUCCCCUCUCACCGAGACCUCCGAACUACAUUUCCCAUCAUGCCGAGCGAGAUGUGAAUGUAGAAACGGUGCCUUAUGCUUCAUGUUUACGAGUCUUUGUUUUUCAUUACGGAUAAUACAGAAUAUGAGUGUGUGUGAGAGAGAGUGUGUGUAUAUGAGUGUGUGUAUGGGUGUGUAAUUAUGAGUGUGUUUGAGUGUGUAUGAGUGUGUUUCUGAGUGUAAGAGUGUGUGUAUGAGUGUAUGAGUGUGUGUAUAUGAGUGUGUGUGAGUGUGUGUUUAUGAGUGUGUUUGAGUGUGUGUAUAUGAGUGUGUGUAUGAGUGUGUGUUUCUGAGUGUGAGUGUGUGUGUGAGUGUGUGUAUAUGAGUGUGUGUGUAAGAGUGUGUGUAUGAGUGUGUGUGUAUGAGUAUGAGUGUGUGUAUAUGAGUGUGUGUAUGAGUGUGUGUAUAUGAGUGUGUGUGAGUGUGUGUAUAUGAGUGUGUGUGUAAGAGUGUGUGUAUGAGUGUGUGUAUGAGUAUGAGUGUGUGUAUAUGAGUGUGUGUAAGAGUGUGUGUAUGAGUGUGUGUGUAUGAGUGUGUGUAUGAGUAUGAAUGUGUGUAUAUGAGUGUGUGUAUGAGUGUGUGUAUGAGUGUGUGUUUCUGAGUGUGAGUGUGUGUGUGAGUGUGUGUGUGAGUGUGUGUAUAUGAGUGUGUGUAUAUGAGUGUGUGUGUAAGAGUGUGUGUGUGUGUGAUUCUGAUAUCCAUCACCUCAGCUUCUAGUUGUUCCUUAUACGAGUUAUAAACAACAUGACUGAUCAUCUAUACUACCAAAUCAUCCUGGUCAGGGUCACAGUGGGUCCGGUUUUGCCUGAAUCACAGGGUUUGAUGUAGUAACACAUUCCAACAAGAACCAAUCAUGUCUGUAUGUGGAUGCCUGACCGGUCGACAGCAUCGGAAACGAUUAGUGUGUGCAGUUCUGUCCAGUUCGGACCCUGAAAUGUUUUACACUGACAUGAAGCGUUAAAUCAUCAUGUUUCUUUACCACGUCGUAACCCAGGACUGACCGUAACCUGACCUUAAUCACCCUGAUCUAACAGUAGGUCUGGGUUCAGUAAAAGUUUGGACGCCCCCCUGCUCAGAACAGGAACUAAGCGAGAACAAACACACUCAUCGUAUUUAACAUUUAAUAAUCAUAAAACACAAAACCACAAACUGCUGACAUCUACAGAUCUGAGUUUAAAUCUCAGCUCUGCUAUCGACUGACGGGGCGCCCACACAGACGGGAUUAUCUGUGUGUAAGUGUGGGUGGGUGAAAUGGAUUCCUAAUAACUGCUUCUGGUGGCCUCUGCUGGCUGACUGAGGUACUGCACACAGAUGGUGAAUAACAGAGAGCAGUGCGUGACUCAGGAGUGCAGGUCUGUAGCAGUACAGAGGAAGCACAGUGCAAAAGGGUAACUGGAUAUGACUAAAUUGGGGAAGAAUGUAUAAAAGUGCCCCCCUUUAAAUAUACUGAUGUAAAAAUCAUAAACAAACAUGAAUGUAGAAUGGUAGGGAAUGCCCCCCCCCAGAUGGGUGUCCAAACUUUUGCUGAUCCUGUGCUGCAGUGUAUUUUGUAUGUUGAUGUUUUCGUGUUUUAUACUGACGCCGGACAUGAUUUUUAUUUCUUUGUUGUUGUUUUAUUUUAUUCUGAUUGAACUGAAGCGGAACGUUUUAUUUGUUCUGGAAUCAGUCGAUCGGAUCCUGAACACGUCAUUACAAACAUGUUUAUAUAAUAACAGAACGAAAGCUUGUACUCGACUGCGUCGCUAAUAAAACGUUCCGACCCCCUGA